CUCACUCAUCACUCCUCACUCUUUGCAGCCUGAUCUACUGAGACUAGCAUCUGCAUGCUUCUCAUGUCCAGCAAGUCAACAACCCCUUGUGUCUUCUUGUCUUUCUUGUCUUGAACCUGAUCUACUGAGACUAGAUCAAUAGCAGAGCAGAGUCUGUAGUUAAAGGCGUAUUCUGUUCGAUCUGACCCUGUACAAGCCAUGGAAAGAGGCAUGGAUCCCGCGGUGAUGGGGGAGGCCAUAGAGACAGGCAUGGAUCCCGCCACGUCGUUGAAAGCCAUGGAUCCCGCCACGUCGGGGAAAGCCAUGCAGAGAGGCAUGGACCCGGCGUUGUACAAGGCCGCGACGCAGGGGAAGGUGGCGAGCUUAAGGCAGCUGGCGGCGGCCGACCCCAAGAUCCUGAGCUCCGUGACCCCCCAGCUCAACACGGCGCUCCACCUCGCCGCCUUACACGGCCACUCCAAGUUCGCCAGCGAGGUCCUCGACAAGAAGAGUGAGCUGCUCGUCGCCAAGAACGACGACGGCGACACCCCGCUGCACUUGGCGGCCAAGGCGGGCAAACUGAAGGUGGCGGAGCUGCUCGUCAGCGUCGCACGAGCCUGGCAGGACGACCCCAACACCGCGGACACGUCGCCCAACAGCCCCCUGCUCGUGACCAACAAUGCGGGCAACACCCCGUUGCACGAGGCGGUGCGGAAGCGCAGGAGCGCCGUGGCGGUGAUGCUGCUCGAGGCCGACCCCAACCGCGGCCACGACCUCAACGGCAGGAAGGAGUCGCCGCUGGACAUGGCCGCCCGCGAGGGCCUUGUCCAGGUCGUCCGCAAGAUAGUCGACAUGCCCUGGGUACAGGGGCGGUUCGUCUUCUCCGUCAGCGGCACGGCUCUGCACCAGGCUGUGCUCGGCGGGCACACCAAGAUCGUGGAGAUCCUGCUGGAGAAGUGCCCUGACCUGAUCGACCAGCCCGACUCCGACGGCAACAACGCCCUGCACUACGCGGCGCAGAAAAACCACCCGCACGCGGUGGAACUACUGCUCAACAGCCGGACGGAGCUGGCCUACAAGCCCAACGGUUGGAUGGAGUCCCCGCUGCACGUCGCCGCGAGCUACGGCUCGACGGAGGCCAUCAAGGCGCUGCUCCGGCACUGCCCCGACGUGGCGGAGAUGGUGGACAGCGAGGGCCGCAACGCCUUCCACGCCUCCAUCAUCAGUGGCAAGAUGAGUGCGCUCAGGUGCCUGCUCCGCCAUGUCCGUCGCCCCGAGCUGCUCAACCGCGUCGACAAGCACGGAAACACGCCCCUGCACCUCGCCGCCCAGAUGAGCCGCGUCCCGUCCGCGGUGAUGCUGCUCAAUGACCGCCGCGUCGACCCCUGCGUCCUCAACCACAAGGGCCAGACGGCGCGCAGCCUCGUCGAGAUGAAGUUGCCCAGCGGUGAGAUGGAUGCCUACGAGAUGUACCUAUGGAAGCAGCUCAAGCGGCAAGAGUCCAUCAGGUGCGGCAAGCAGCAGCUGCCGCCCCUCGCAACCUACCCCAGCCGCAGGGCCUCCAAUGACAAAUACUUCGAGCGCAUCGUCGAGACCUACAUCCUCGUUGCAACCCUCAUCGCCACCGUCACCUUCGCCGCCACCUUCACCAUGCCCGGCGGCUACCACCAGGAGAAAGGCAUCGCCCUUCAUGGCCACAAGACCGCCUUCAAGAUCUUCAUCAUCUCCAACACAGUCGCUAUGUGCAGCUCCAUCAUUGUCGUCUUCUGCUUCAUCUGGGCAUGGCAAGACCCCGUCAAGUUCAAGGUUGACCAGCUCUUGUGGGGCCACAGGCUCACCGUCCUCGCCUGCCUCGCCAUGCUCGUCUCACUAAUGACUGCCGUCUACAUCACCGUAGCGCCCACAGCGCGGUGGCCGGCCUAUGUCGUCAUCGCCAUUGGCUCCAGCACUCCGGCCGUGGUCUUCCUCAUUCUGGGCAGGGAGGUGAUCUACGUCCCGCUAUAACUAGUAGCCAUCAACAUGUGCCGACUGUAUAUGCUAGUAAUUAUACAAAACACGCUCUACGUUAUUCUCAUAAAUAUUUUGACUUGUGUUCUUUGAAGAUAUGAU